GUCUGGAGACGGCAAUCCUGCGGGUGAAGACAGAGCCACGUCAGAUUCCCCAUCUGAUAACGGGCGGCAUUCCGAGGAGGGAACACUCUAGUCGUACACCACUAACGGGCGAGAUGCGCACAGUGGGCCCCGCGGCACUGCUGCGGCUGUGUUUGGCAGCGUGGUGCGCGCAGCCACUGCUGGCAGCCGACGAGCAGGCGGCGCUGUUCCACCGCGGCCUGGGCGCGCACCUGCUGUCACACUGCCUGCGGGAGGACCUGUGGGCGUGCGUCGCGCUGCAGCUGCACGCGCAACACUUUCCCGCCGCCGCCCGCAGCGACGACGUCUCCGCCCACCUCGAGGUCGACGCGGUGCUCCUGCGCGCCGCCGUGCAGUACCUCUCCUCCUCUAACACCACCGACACUGGCCGCGGCCACGACGACAAGUUGUUGCUGCCGCUGAUGGUGGCCAUCCUGAUGAAGACGCUGGGCCUGAUCCCGCUGGCGCUGGGUAACCUCACGUUCCUCGGCCUCAACUCGGUGAUCGCCAGCAAAGUGUCGUUGGGCCUGGUGGCGCUUCUGCUGCUCAAGAAGUGGCUCAACAGCGACGGCAGCCUCCUGCGGCAGCAUACGUUCGGCGACCUACUGGAAUCCGCCGGGCUGGCGCUGCCUCAGUUCCACCAGCCGGCCCUGGCUCUGGGCCCUAACCUGCCGCAGUACCACCAGCCGGCUCUGGGUUUGGGCCCAACCUUGCCACCGUACCACCAGCAGCUCCCUGUCAGUCUCCAUCCGCAAGAGAACGAGGCGGCGCCCGCCAUCGGCCGCAGGAGGAAGAUUGUGCUCCGGCGCCGCAAUGGUAGACACCUCGGCGCUCCAACGGCAGCUGCUGACGUUACUGGUGCAGCGGCGCACGGUGGAGGCACCACUGUCCCACAUGUGGACACACAAAGAGCGCUGAAUACUGUGUGGAAUUUGAAUGCUACAGUGGACAGGAACCUAACGGACAAUGUGCCACCUGCCUAUGGCUAAGUCAUCCUUAUACUGAAAAUCUGCAAGUUGGUAGAGUUUCCCACGGUUUCGUAGAUCAAUCUCAGGAAUAACUGACCAAAAAUGGUCCCGUAAACACUGCAUAUCCAUGAGGUGUCUCUCUUUCAAGUCAUUAGGCGGCUUUCUUUAUGCUGCUCUUGUAGAAAUUUUCGAUUUCAGUAUUGCAAUCUUUGGGCGGAAUAAGUACAAACUAAGACUGUUGUUAGGAUGGUUUAUUUCAUAAACAGCAUUGACGGAAAGCGAUAUUUUUUCCUUAUUACAGUGUUGUUUGGAGUGUAAUGGGGUUAUGGGUCAAAUCAUCAGAGCAUUCUCAAACUUAACUCAUGCCUUAUUCGGUCCAAGGACACUAGUCAGUUUUUCCCAGGUGCUGUCAUGUGGGAUUGCCACGUGAUGGUACACUGUGAAGCCGUAUCACACAACCGUGUCCCUCAACUGUCACCCAAAAUACAGACCAAUCUUGGCCUUUUGCUGUCGUUUGUAAGUAUUACUGAACUGAAGACCAUUCUGGCCCGAGUAUCAGCACUCGAGUAUAAGUAACACGCUUACUUUUGAGGUGGAGGGGGGAGGGGUAAGAGAGAAACUUAGGUGGAGAAAAAACUGUCCACUGUGAAAUUUUUUAUCUAGUAAUGUAGACGAAUCACGAAGAAAUAUCAUCUUUCUUAUCAUAGCCUUCACUGAUAAAGGACAUAAUUUCACUACCGACUUUAGUUUAAUCAUUGCCAACGUUUUAGUCACGCUUCUCUCUAACAUCCAGGGCAAUGAACAUGCAGCAUUUCUUGAAUCCAUUGAUGAUAUAAUCUGGUGAUAUUGUGCUCCUUAGGUGUGAGGUGACCUUUGGAAGACAUCCAAGACUAGCAUAGCUCCUAGUGUAUCGUGAACACCAGAAAUAAGCAUUCAAGGUUUUCUUUUACUCAAAGGAAAUAAGUCAUUAGAAGCAUUGCUGGGUGGGUAGUUAGGUGUAGACUAGCUCUGUUGGUGUUUAUUUUAGAUAUCAACAACGAACAACGGCACAACGACGCAAAUGUAACGAUAAGAUAGUUAAAAGUACGCCAAAAAAAUGCGCAGAUAUCAUUGUGCUACAACUUCUUUUUGCUACAAGUCCAUUAAUUUAUUCUAAUAAUUUAUUUAAGUUAUGAAUAAUUUAUGUCAGCUGGAGAGCAUACAUCCUUUGUCUGUUCUCGUGAUUGUCAAUUAGCAUUUAAAACUUAUAGAAUAUGACCUUAAUAAUAAUACGUCAGAAAGCGCAAAUGUUUCUUGUUAAC